AUGCGCAUCAAAAAGAAGUACGAAUCCGGAGCUGCUACUAAUUACAUUAGUCGAGGGCGAGCAGUAAAAAAACUACAGCUGUCGUUAAAGGAUUUUCGUCGUCUUUGUAUUCUAAAGGGAAUUUAUCCUCAUGAACCGUUGCAUAAAAAAAAAGUUAAUAAGGGAUCAACGGGAAAUCGAGUGUACUAUUAUGCUAAAGAUAUCAACUUUCUGGCUUCUGAACCGAUCAUAAAAAAAUUCCGAGAAUAUAAGAUAUGAUGUAAUUUUCUUGUUUUGUCGAGCUUAGAUUAUUUUUUGCAUCUUCAGAUAUUUUUGAAGAAACUGACUACAGCAAAAGCGAAACGAGAUGAAGAACGCGUAAAGAAGUUAUACGAAAGACGCCCUAAAUAUCAACUGGAUCAUAUUGUGAAAGAAAGAUAUCCGACGUUCGAAUCAGCACUGCGAGAUCUGGAUGAUGCACUGUGUUUACUAUUUGCUUUUUCAGUUUUGCCUCACACCAAAAUUAUUACUGGCUCUUUAGUUUUUAUCUCGAUUAAGGGAAUCUAUUAUGAAGCAGAAGUGAUGGGUGAACGGAUAACGUGGGUGGUGGGUCAUGAUAGAGGCGUGGGACAUGUGAGUGAGGUGGAUUUUUCCAUAAUGGCAACAUUCGCGGAGUUUUAUGUUGCAAUGCUCGAAUUCGUCAACUUCAAACUUUAUCAGUCAAUCGGACUUUUUUAUCCGCCUAAACUUGCUUUUAAGUUAGACAAGUCUGAAGAUGAUAAUCAAGCCGAAGAAGGGAAAGUAUACAGCCUAGCAUGUCCACUGUCGAAAUUUGACAGUUAUGAAGAACAAAUUGAUGCCAGUAUCGAUGACACAAUUGGUAAUGAACUCACUGAAAAGCUUUGUGAUAUUGAAAAGAGGAAACAGCUGUUUGCAAACUGUCGUUUUUGGUUGAAUCGUGAAGUCCCGAAGGAUGUUCUUACUAUUAUUAUAAGAAGUUGUGGUGGCUUAGUUUCUUGGGAAUGUUGUCCAACGGCACAAUAUUAUGAGAAUGAUGCUCAAAUUACACAUCAAAUAGUCGACAGGCCAUUGCUUGACAAUCAUAGAAAUCUUAAUAGAUGCUACAUACAACCGCAAUGGGUUUUCGAUAGUUUUAAUAGACGAAGUUGUCUUCCAGUGAAGAAGUAUCUUCCCGGUGCAAUAUUGCCACCUCAUUUGUCACCCUUUUCCAGUGACUACAAUACUUACGAAGAGCAGCUUAAUCAGUUGAAGGUGUUAAGAAAAGUAUCAUCAAGCGCGACCGAUAAAAUGGAAACUGAAGAGAAAAGCAAUAUACGAGAAAAGAAAAAAAUUCAAAAAGAAAAGGAAAUACCAACUAUGAAUGUUAACAAAGGCCAAAUGCAUAGAGAGAAUUUGCAGAAGAAAUUAAAUGAAGAAGGACAUGAACUCAAGCUGCGUGAAAUGCUCAUACCGAAAAAACGCAGACGGGUUUAUUCCAAAAUCAAGCGAGGAAUCAAACGCCGAAUUCGUGAAGAGAAAAAGUUAAAUGAAAAAAGACUGAAAUUGUUGGAAGCGACGAAUUGA